AUGAAGCCCUCGGUCGCGCAUGAAAAGCCCCUUCUCCCCGCCGAGGCCCCAGCCAACGCGGCGCCGAACGCCUGUGCAAAAACCCCGUCGCCCAUCGCCUUGCCGAAGUUCACCCCCGGUAAAGAUGAACCGGGCCCCAGCUGCUCCGCGCCGGCAAAGGAUUCGAGGAUGCAGUACGCGCGCGAUCGCCUCGGUCUCUUGCUCGUCAGCCCAAACGUCAAACCACAAGCUUGGACAUCAUCUUCACUGACGAUUUGCGAGGCACCGACGCGGCAUGACCAUCAAACUUUACUGCCUUCAACAUCGCCCUUCUUGCCGGACAUUGCUGAGCCAGCGCCGGCGCCGCCACAACGAAGCCGCCGAAAAGAAGCCGUUCGCUGCGAUGCCCUAGGCGACAAUUUCAUGGUUUAUGCUCCACCGCAGGAAGACUCCCUCUACAGCACUCUACGAUCCGCCGUCAAGGGACAACCCGAUAUCGACUAUAAAGCGAGCCCCGUGCAGAUUCGACUGAAGACGAAACAGCCGUGUAGCGAGGAUCUGGCGUCGCUGGCCAAAACCGAUAUCCACGCAUUGCCAGCGCCGACAUCUCGAUGUUGGCCACCGAUGCCUGGCCACGCAUCAGUAUCCCGUGCUAAAUUGCGGCCCAACGUUUCCACGCCGCAGCGAUUGAACGCGUUGGUGCGCGAGAUGAAGCAGGUGAAACAGCAGUGGAUGACGUGGGCACGGUUGACGAAUCGGCGGAAUCGACGAAGCAACUGGUUGCUGAGGGCGAUAUGCACACAUACAGAAGAGCAACCCCCGCUCCCGCGAGAUUCA